AUGGAAUCUUGGAGUUAUGUUUCCAAUGAGAAUCAAGGUUCUGAAGAAAUUGGGUUUUUUGAAAUGUUAGGGAAACAAUUUUCAGAUGAUUUCAAUUUCAUUGGGAAUGUUUCAAGCAAGAAAAUUUAUGCUAAAUUUGGUGACCCGAAUGGGUUUUCUUCAAAAGGGGGCUCAAUUUCCAAGCUUUCUAACUUUGUGGUGGAAACUAAUGGUUGGGAUUCUCUUAUAGAUUUGAAGCUGGGAAAUUUUGGUGAUCAUGGUCAUGGAGGAUCUAUUUUUUCUUCUUGUGAAUCAUCAACACCUCCCAAGAGAGUGAGAGUGCAUUCACUGAAUGCAUACUGUCAAGUUUAUGGCUGUAACAAGGAUCUUAGUUCUUGUAAAGAGUAUCACAAAAGGCACAUAGUUUGUGAGGUUCACUCCAAAACUGCUGUAGUCAUAGUGAAUGGAAUUGAGCAAAGGUUUUGUCAACAAAGUAGCAGGUUUCAUUUGCUGUCUGAAUUUGAUGAUGGUACGCGCAGUUGCUAUAAACGACUUUCAAGCCAUAAUGAGCGUCGCAGAAAACCACAAGCAGGCGUUCAUUCUACGAAUUCCAGGAGAUUGUUUCAGCCAUGUGGUGGUUCCACGGAACCAAGCCGCCACAAGCAUCUUUUAUCUGUCCGGAGGUGUUCUCGAAUGGUUUCUCGAGACCGAUUAAAUCAGAACAUGAAACUGGCUUUAGACCUUUAUCUUUUGUGCCUGUUGUGA